AAGCUUCAGAGCAGCCAGACUGCCUGCUCUCAGCAAGCUCAACACCAUGGGGAAGGGAGAUGCCGUGGAGGCAGCAGCACCCCCCACCCCAGCCUACCGAUCUGUCAUGGAGGAGUAUGGUUAUGAAGUGGGCAAGGUCAUUGGCAAUGGCUCCUAUGGGACAGUGUAUGAGGCUUAUUACACAAAGCAGAAAGUCAUGGUGGCUGUCAAGAUCAUCUCAAAGAAGAAGGCCUCCGAGGACUAUCUAAACAAGUUCCUGCCCCGUGAGAUACAGGUGAUGAAAGUCUUGCGGCACAAGUACCUCAUCAACUUCUAUCAGGCCAUCGAGACCACGUCCCGAGUGUACAUCAUUCUGGAGCUCGCUCAGGGUGGAGACGUUCUUGAAUGGAUCCAGCGCUAUGGGGCCUGCUCUGAGCCGCUUGCUGGCAAGUGGUUCUCGCAGAUGGCCCAGGGCAUUGCCUACCUGCACAGCAAGGGCAUCGUGCACAGGGACCUAAAGUUGGAGAACUUGUUGUUGGACAAGCGGGAGAAUGUGAAGAUAUCGGACUUUGGCUUCGCCAAGAUGGUGCCUCCCAACCAGCCUGUGCGCAGUAGCUCUUCCUAUCGCCAAGUAAACUGCUUUACCCACCUCAGCCAGACCUACUGUGGCAGCUUUGCAUACGCAUGCCCGGAGAUCUUACUAGGUCUGCCCUACAACCCUUUCCUGUCUGACACCUGGAGCAUGGGAGUCAUCCUCUACACUCUGGUGGUCGCCCGCCUGCCCUUUGAUGACACCAACCUCAAAAAGCUACUGAAGGAGACUCAGAAGGAGGUCUCCUUCCCGCAUAACCAGGCCAUCUCCCAGGAGUGCAAGAGCCUGGUCGUUCACAUGCUAUGUCAAGCAGCCAAGCGUGCCAGCAUCCUGGAGAUACUCAAGGAUCCCUGGGUGCUCAAGUUCCAGCCUGAGCAGCCCACCAACGAGAUCCGGCUGCUCGAGGCCAUGUGCCAGCCCAUUGGCAGCAGCAGCACCACCAGCAACCGCCACCAAUCCUUGGGCAACACAGCUUGA